GUUUUUUUUUUGUGAAAGAAUCCUCAUGUCUUCUUUAGCUACUUGUCUUUUUUGUAAAAUCAUUAAACGUGAAAUUCCUUCUACCAAGAUUUUUGAAACUGAACUUAGUUAUGCGUUUUUGGAUAUCGGACCAUUAUCUGAAGGACAUUCGCUUGUAAUUCCAAAACAUCACGCUAAAUUUUUACAUGAAUUACCUGACGAAUAUUUGGCUGAUUUAUUACCUGUAGCAAAAAAAGUUGCUAUUGCUACAGGUGCUGAUCAAUAUAAUAUUUUACAGAAUAAUGGACGGCUUGCUCAUCAGGAAGUAGAUCAUGUUCAUUUUCAUGUGAUUCCAAAACCUAAUGAAACAGAAGGUUUAGGUAUUAAAUGGCCAGCUAAAAAACCUACCUUUGAGGAAAUAGAAGCUACUGGUAAAAAAAUGUUGGAGAGGUUACAAUCAGAUUAAUCAACUAUUUGAAAACAAAAAAAUGUGUGAAAAAUCAUGAUUUGUAUAAUAAGAUUAUUUAUUAAAAAAAUUAAAAAAAUUU